GACUACUGUAGUCCUACACUGUACUGUGCGAGAUCACAGUCAGAUGUUGGUAAGUGCGAGAGCAUGUGGGCUCCACUCCAUCUAUCAUGUUCAUCCUGUCUCUCCGACCAGACCCCUCUUCCCUUUCUUCCCUCUUCCUUCAUUCCUUCCCUCUCCCUUCUUUCUUCCUUCCUUCCCUCUUCCUCAACCUUCUCUCAUCAGUUCACAAUCACUGAACGUCGCUUCCGUUCGUCUACGCAAGAACCCGCGCUAUAAAAUCCAGGCUACGUAACCAAGAAGAUGAGCUUUAUUGCCGUUAUAAAGUCUCCAAAGGACGCAGCUGAACGAGACUGGACGAUAGGCAUACCAAAGCUUCGCUGCCCUGUUCAGCGGAAACGCCCUGAGGUGGCCAGUUUCCGGUGAAAAACACAAGGCGAAAUCAACAAAUUCUGAUUUCCCGUUGAUCUUUGCUCUCCAGGACCAACUGAGCCAAAGACUCGCUCCCAAACAGGAUCAGCAGUCAAACUUCUUGAUUCCAGGGUCGAAAUAACGACGCGAAAUCAAGUAUCACUAUGUUGCUAUUUCUCCCUGUCAUCCUGGGCAAUUUCAACACUCUGAUUAGGUCCUUGAGUGAGUAUCGAUCAGAAAGCUACAAAAGGUCGCAGUCACAGUGAAAGAAGGCCUCAGCAUCCCAAAAUGGCAAAAAUGAAAAAAAAUCGACAAUUUCUUUGCUGCCAACCAGCUGGCAGCAAAGAAAUUGUCGCAAAAAGUCCCGUAUAAUCUAAUGAGAACAGCGCGAUUUACUCUCUCUUUCGCCCCCCUACCCUCUCUCUCACUCUCUCACUCUCUCACUCUCUCACUCUCUCACUCUCUCACUCACUCAUUCCUCCUGCCUCCGCCCUUGCUUCCCUUUCUCUUCCCAACUUCUCCCCUUCGUUUUUCUCCUUCCUGCGUGAACCCUUCCUUCAACGUCUCAACAUCUUCUCUUCACAAUGACUGAACAUCAUCGCUCCCUUGUUCGUCUACUCGAGACAUGAAAUCACAUGAGCAAGAGAAUGAGCUAUAUUGCCGUCUCUGAGUCUCCAAGCCCAAGCUGGACGAGAUGAAUGACGAAUGUGUCAAUGCUGUCUUGCUCAGUAUGACGAGCAGAAACCCGUUUCAGUUCCUGAUGCCUUUGGACAAGGAAUGGCCUCUCGGAGACUUGACCUCUGCAAGUCGACAUUGUGCUCUCAUGUCGAGCUGACUUGCAAAUGGACUGAGUUGAAAAGAAAGGCCCACCUCCCACAGGACUAGUCAACACACCUUUAUUUCAGCAACGAAAAGAAGGCUUCCGAGGCUCAGCACCGUAACUGCCCAAUACUCCUAUCCUGUGCACUAUCCUCAUGGGUGCUACUCAUAGAGCGACAGAGGACGAACUCCUUAGGAUGCGAAGGCACUGAGAUGGUCCUCCAAAUCCCACAGCGAUGGAAAAUUGGAAGAAAAAUCGACAUUUUUGUGCUCCACCUAUUGACUCCAGGAUUUUUCUUCCAUUUUUCAUCGCUGCCUGCCUCUCUCAAACCCCCUCUUACUCACACCCUCACCCUCACCCUCUUCCUCAAUCUCUCUCUCUCUCUCCCUCACACACCCUCACCUUCUCUCACGCACCCUCUUCUUCUCCCUCACCCUCUCUCUCACCCUUUUGUUCACACUUCCUUCUCACCCCUCUUUUCUGUGACCGUACCUGAUGGCAAGUACCCAUAUGUCAGGACAGGUUGUAGCGUGAUCCGAUAUUUAAACCGUAAACUUUCAGCUCUCCCUUCCUGAUAGGAUAUAAACUUGAAAUCAAUCCCCUGGUUCAUGCAAUUCUUACUGUACUGCACCAAGCUUAACUUUUCAUGAUGCCAACUAGGGAGAAGGGAAAGCAACGCGACGUAGAAGGCAUUUCUAGUGGCUUCUGAUUUGGUCAAUUACUAUGGACAACUGGCGCGAGGACGGAAAUCUCUCGCUCUCGUCGGUCUUACUUAUCCAUAUUCGAAGUGGUUGACGAAGUCAAACGGUUGGACCCAAUGUUAGUUGUUUUCGAAAGCUAAUGUCACUCGCACAUUUGAUCUACAAAAGUGGAAUACGGUGCGACACGAGCAGGAUGAGUAGAGUAUUGACUGAGACCUCGCCUUAGUCUGCCUAAUUAGCGUUGGCACAGCCAUAGUUACAGUACACAAUGAAAGGACUCAAAAAAUCUACUACUCAAUGCAGCAU